AGAUAUGUACUGCCGAAGUUGCACGAAUGAGUAGCCAACUUCGGAACUGUUCGUAUCAUGGAUUUGAGUGAUAUGAACCUUAGACUUCCGUUAAAAAGUAGAGACGUAGUGUUGUCUGGACUUGUGAUUGUUGGGAGUAUAUAUUAGAGAUUCUGAAAAGUGUAAAAAUGAAGUUCCAGUACAAAGAAGAACAUGCUUUUGAAAAAAGGAAAGCGGAGGGUGAGAAAAUAAGGCGGAAAUAUCCGGAUAGAGUUCCUGUUAUUGUUGAGAAAGCACCAAAAGCAAGGAUUGGUGACUUAGAUAAGAAAAAGUACUUGGUCCCAUCAGAUUUGACUGUUGGGCAAUUUUAUUUUUUGAUCAGGAAACGUAUUCAUCUCCGACCUGAAGAUGCUCUUUUCUUUUUUGUGAACAAUGUAAUUCCACCAACAAGUGCAACAAUGGGAUCGCUUUACCAGGAACACCAUGAAGAAGAUUUCUUCCUGUACAUUGCCUACAGUGAUGAGAAUGUCUAUGGCUCAGUGUAAGCAGCAAAGUGAAGUGAUAUGCUUCUUUUUCAUCUGUGUUAUUUUGUUUAUUGGCUUUUGAAUGUAUAUGUAAUUCUUACUCAGAUCAAGAACUAGCUAUGUUAUCAGAUGCUUUUCAAAUAGUUUUAUAUCAUUGCAAAGUUUAUGUUGCUUGUGUAUUGUGAUGGAAAUAAUAAAAUUAAAUUUUUAGGUUA